GUAGUGUUGUAGUUGUAGGGGCUAAGAUCAGGUGACUAAGGGGGUCUCUUAGUCAGAUGACUAAGUCAAUCUCCACCCUUGCACCUCAUUAAAAUCCAAUGGCCCAUAUUAAUCCAAUUUAAUAAAGGACAAUAUAGUAAUUGCAUGAUUGUUUAAUUUAUAUAAUAAACAAAGUAAAAUAAAUUUCGCCGUUGUUCCGACUUCAACGGUUGCCCCGGCCGGAAAAAUUUCCCGGCGACUCCUCUAGGCGGCAACUCUGACGGUGGCGUCUCUGUCCAUUUAUAGUCUCCUCUGUCCAUUAUUAAUGUUGCAUUUAUUUUUGGCAUUGUCCCAGAGAGAGAAUGAAUGUUGCUGCACAUUUAUUUUGGGCAUUGUCCGAGAGAGAGAGUUUGUACUGUUAGUAUGCUUUGUAUUGUUUGUCGGUUUAUUUUGUAAUGUUUGUACGCUUUGUUAUUUUGUAAUGUUUGUCGGUUUUUUUGUAAUGUUUGUACGCUUUGUUAUUUUGUAAUGUUUGUCGGUUUUUUUUGUAAUGUUUGUAAACUUUGUUAUUUUUGUGUAUCGUGUUUAUCAUUUUUGUCAACCAUGUUUGUAAUGUUUUUUAUGUCUAAAAAACACCCGAGUUGACUUUGGAAAGGAGCCCCUCUAUAUAGGGAUGGAGCCUCCAAAGUCAACCCGGGUGUUUUUUCAGUUCGUAUGGAUUGUCGGUAUAGUUUGUCAUUUUUGUCCACCAUGUUCGUACUGUUUGUAUGUCUAAAAAAACCCGGGUUGACUUUGGGAAGGAGCCCCUCUAUAUAGGGAUGGAGUCUCCAAAGUCAACCCAGGUGUUUUUUCAGUUCGUAUGGAUUGUCGGUAUAGUUUGUCAUUUUUGUCCACCAUGUUCGUACUGUUUGUAUGUCUAAAAAACACUCGGGUUGACUUUGGGAAGGAGCCCCUCUAUAUAGGGAUGGAGCCUCCAAAGUCAACCCGAGUGUUUUUCUUUUUGUAUGGUUUGUAUUGUUUGUCGGUCUAGUUUGUAUUGUUUGUACAGUUGAUACGUUUGUAAUGUUUGUAAAUUUGUUUGUAUGUUUUGUCGCUCUAGUUUGUACUGUUCGUAUGUUUGUAUGGUUUGUACUGAUUCUAAGUCCGGUUUCUAUACUUCGUAAUUUUCCAUAUUACCCAAACUACCUCUGUCAUUAAUUAAAUACCCCUUCCCACUUUUUAACCAUCAGAUAAUUUGUUCAGAUCUAAGGACUGGGAGAGGCUUAAUCAAGUGACUAAGCACCCCUUAGUCACCAGAUCAGCUCUCGUAGUUGUAGCGUGAGUCGUGAGAGCACCGGCCACCGAGUAAUCCAAUUUCUUCAGCCGUUUGAAUUUUUCAGUUUUCAAUCCCCGCCCUUCUCCUCCCGCCGACUGUACACAAACACAGGUUCUACCUCCAUGCCGGUCUCCGGUACCUGUAUUUCUAGGGUUUCGGAUCCCUCUUCUCACCUGUAACUUUUAGCUCCUGUCUUUCUCCUGGAGGAGCCAGAGGAUAAGUGAGGGCGCCUUCUGAGUUCCUCGUCUCUUUCUCUCACCUCUCGCUACUGAAAAUCAGCGUGAUCGCCUCCUUCCCAAUCUGGCCACAUCUGUCGCUGGUAGAAAUUGAAAUUGCUGCGUUGUUUGACUUGGAAACGAAUUUAGCAAAACUGAUGGAGGCUCUGUAUAAGAAGCUUUAUGAUAAGUUCGUCUCGUUAAAGAAGGAAAAAGCAUCCCCUUUGGAUGAAAUCAACCAAGACCAGGAAGUGAAGUUCUUGAAUUUUGUUUCCGCUGCGGAGGAUCUCAUACAACACUUGAAAGAUGAUAACUGCCAGUUGCGUGCUGAAGUUAGAGAGUUGAAAUUUGAAGUUACCUCAAUCAGGUCCAAGCAGGAUGAGGAACGUGCGGUGCACCAGAAAUUGCUUCUCGAAGAGAGUGAAAAGAGGAAAAUGCUUUCUGAUGAAGUUGAGAGGCUUCAGAAACAGCUCAAUGAAUCUAGUAAUUUAGUAGAUGAGGUAACCAUACAACUUAAUAAUUCACUGAGGAGAAAUGCUGGAAAAUCUAAUUCAGGGAUAAGCGAUGCGAUGGAUCAGUGUACUCCUACUCCUGGUCCAAGCAACCAGCUGCUUGAGUCUGAUGGCCUGAACAAUAGUGAUCAAAUCACGACACAUGAGGUCUCUAAUGGCUCAAUGAGAAUAAUGACCCGAAAGCGCAGCCGAGAAGCCAAGAAGCAUAUGGAAGCAGGUAUAGCUAUGCAUGGUUCUGAUGGUCAAUCUUCUAAGAGGCGAAGAAAAGAAAAAUCAGCAAGCAAUUCAUCCAAGGUUGCAAGUGGACUUUCCAGUGUUCAGUUGCCAACAUGCUGUAUAACAUCUUUGGAUAAAUCAGGCACUGGUGCGUGCAAUGAUGGGGAUCCUACUAACUGCCGAUUUCAAGCUCUUAUGGAAUACUUGAUUGGCAUGAAACUAUCUGCCGUCCAUCAAACUGAAGGAGUAUGCAUUUCAGCUUUACAUCAAACAAGUGGUUACUCAUUCAGUCUAACAUGGGUAAAGAAUUCAACUGGACGAGAACUGGAGCUUCUAUAUCGAGCAUCAACAUUAGGCACUUUUGAGAGGGUUGCACCAGAGUGGAUGAGGUCAAUGAUAACAUUUAGUAUUAGCAUGUGUCCGAUUUUCUUCGCGAGGGUAUCGCGGGUAAUCAAGCUGCAUCAUCAUUGAUAUUACACUCGCCCCCCCUCUUUUUAUGCCUGGGUUUAUUUCACCUGUAUGGAAUCGUUUGUAUGCCUCCCUAUUGUAGAUAUCAGCCAGUAGAUUGCUCUUCUCCUUUUGCUUCCCUUGCCUUCAUCACUUAUGGUUUUGUAAUUCCGUGGGACAGCAUGCAUGCCUGCAUGGCAAGUGAUAGUGAAGGUUAAGAAAUACAGUUUCUGUCCAAGGGUGUUCUGGAUUCAGAUUUUCUUAUGAAAUGUCUUGUUGGUUUGCAUCAACCAAAAUGUGAUGCUGCUUUUUAUGUCUUUGGACUGGUUCAACUAUGAGACAAUUACAGCAGGGAAAAAUCUGGCCCAGUAAACUAGCUUUGUCCUUGACCUGUUGGUUGGGUGAGUGUCGCAUUUUAUCUUACCUAUCAAGUAAUUCGUAGUCGUGCUUAAGCUAUUUUAAGUAAUUUAUGUUUACACAAUUCAUUUUAAGAACUUCUUUGUGGUCUCUCGAUAUAGGAUUAUGAAUUGUAAUUAAGUAGCUGUUUAUUUCUCAAUGAAGUUGUAGACAUUCAAUCAAUAAUUUUGUCUUUAAUUUAAACAAUGCAUAAUUCUAGGUUAGACAUUCAAUUUUUAAUUGAUGAAUAUUGGCUUGUGGUCUCGUGGCUAAGGCUAUCAUUUACUCAUAUGCAAAUUUUCAGGGUUAAUUGCAUGGUUGGUCACCGAGAUUACUAAAGCGUUCAUGUUUGGUCAGUGGAAAUAUUUAAUUCCGUUAGUGGUCAUUAAUUUUGGUGAAAAUGUUCAUGUUUGGUCACUCUCCGUUAGUCGCCGUCCAUCUCCGUUAAUGAACUCCGUUAUGUGCUGAUGUGGCGGACAAAAUUGUCUAAUCACCCCUAUUUAACUCGAAAAUACUCAGACUCGACCCACCACAUCACCCAUACCCACCAUGUCAGCAUGACUAGCCUAAUCCUUUAACCAGACCCGAUCCAUGAAUCGACCCACUCAAAUUAAAUCCCUAAAAUUUUAUCCCCUUCUUCGAUCCACAAAUCCACUUAUCCCCUUGGUUCGACUUCUCCAGAUCUUGUUUCCACCCUGAGCGAGUCGAGGAGGACGGUUUUGACGGUGGGAGGAAUUUUCUUCGUGACGGCGGAUGUCACGAACCCGAUUCUAGGUUUGGAGAGUUGGACCUGGUGGAGGAUUUCGCGCUCCGAGCCUGCGGUAUGUAGAGAUGCGACGGAGCAACUAUCAAGUCCAUUCGACACUAAACUGUCUACCACCUCUACUGGGCACGACGAUGCGACGAGGAGUGUAAUGGAAGGAAGCAAUUUAAUCUUUUAAUAAACCCUCGUGGGUUCUAUUUUUACUCCCUUCCUUGCAGACGUGUUUGGAUGAUCUUAACUCUGUAAUGAUGUUGAUGAUGAGUUCCAGUAAUUCUAGAUAAUCUUUGACAACUAACUAUCUUUCAUGGGUCUGUUUCUAUCUGAGUUCGGAGGAGGAGAUGCGGCAGCCAUUGUCGCCGUCGACGGAAGCUGAGGCUUUCGGUGGCGGAGGGAAGGAAUUGAUGAGAGAGAAUACGUAAUCAGUGAUGGAGAGCGGUGCGGUUGCUGGUGGAAGUGGCGUCGGAGAUCAGAGGUUGUGAUAGAUCUUGGUUUAUGGACAGAAUCCGCUCCUCGAAUCGAUUGGUGACGCGACGUUAGGGUUUCGCGACAUCUGAGAAGGCAUUGUGGAAAUGGAGGGGAUAAGUAGAUAUGUGGAUCGGAGAGGAUAAGUGGAUCUAUUUUAGAUUUUACGGAUUUAAUUUGAGUGGGUCGGUUUAUGGGUCGGGUGUGGUUAAAGGGUUUGGCUGGUCAGGAUGACACGGUGGGUAUGGGUGACGUACUGACGUGGCGGGUCAGGUCUGAGUAUUUUCGAGUUAAAUAAGGCUGAUUAGACAAU